AUGUCGAUGUAUGUGAGAAUUAAACAAUUCAAGACUACAAUUUUCUUGCAUUGUGAUCCGAUAGAUACAGUGCUACAAUUGAAGGAAAGGAUUAAACAGUUAUUAAAUAUUUCCGAGGAGCAUCAACGGUUGUAUGCUGUCGUGGGAGAUGAUGAACUCCAGAAUGACGCUACAUUGGAAGAGUUGAAAAUUGCAAAUGAUGCUGUAUUGUAUUUAACUCGAUUUAAUGAAGAAUCACAAACUUGGGAAAACAUCAACAUACCUCAACCUGCUUCGGAUUAUGACGAUCAAAACGAGGAAGAAGAUUAA